AUGUCGCCCUACAGCAGCAUCAUCGUCCUCGUGCUCUGCACUCUGGCUGUCGCGCAAGUCCAGACAUACACCCCAGAGGAGGAAAUCAUCAAUUCCGGCCGUCCCACCUUCUAUGACCUCACUCCCUCCAUUCCAGGGAAGCUCGCACUGGAAGAGCAUGUUGGGAACACCCUUUUCUCGGGAACGUUUACAACUCCGUUUGUCAACUACACCAACGAGGUCAACUUCGACCUUCCCGAGUAUGUCUCCGACGUGCUGGCGCGGAUCACCAACAUCGACUCUCGCGUCGCAGCCAUGGAUGCCGCGAACAUCACCAAGACUGUGCUUCUUUACGGCGCGCCGGGCAUUCAAGGCGUGUUCAACACUACUUUCGCUGUCGAGGCAGCCAAGUUCGUCAACGAUGAAAUCGCACGGGUCUACUCUCGCGGUAAUUACAGUGACCGGUUCGACUUUUGGUGCAGUAAUGCCCUCCAAGAUCCGCCCAGCGCGGCGGCAGAACUAGAGCGAUGUGUCAAGGAGCUAGGCGGCGUGGGGAGCUUCGUGGGUGGCUACACGAACAACGGCUCAGCAGACAGCGUCGUGUACCUGGACCAUCCUAGCAACCGGGUCUUCCUCGAGAAGGUCGUCGAGCUGGACGUACCAAUCUACUUGCACCCCCGAACGCCUCCGCCGGGCCAGCAGCUGGUAUAUGAAGGCUACAACUUCCUUGCGGGAUCUGCAUGGGGUUUCUCCUCGGAAACAGCAGCACACGCACUACGGCUCAUGGUCAGCGGAGUGUUCGAUGACUUCCCCACGCUGAAGAUCAUCCUCGGCCACUGCGGUGAGGGCCUGCCGUUCUUCCUACCUCGGAUCAACCAACGAAUCAGGCACUUCGUGCACUAUUGGGAGGGUAAACAGACACCCCAGUACUACUGGGAAAACAACUUCUAUGUGACGACCUCGGGGGUGCAGGACUCAGGAACGCUGCUAGACACCUUGAGGUGGACAGGCGAGGAUCGGGUCAUGUUUAGCGUGGAUUAUCCCUUCGAGGAUGAUACGGAGAUUGCGACCUGGUUCGAUCGACUGGAGAUGAACACGCACACAAAGAAAAAAAUGGCAUACGAAAAUGCGAGGAGGAUAUUGAGACUAAGCGAUUAG